GACGACGACGACGACGACGGACGAUGGGCUUGGCGGUCAGGUUGUCGCUGCUGGGCGUGCUGGCGUGCGCCCUGCUGGACCGCGGGGCCUGGUGCCGGAGCCCCCGCACGGCCGACCAGGUGUCCGAGGCCGACAUCCAGCGCCUCUUGCACGGCGUCAUGGAGCAGCUGGGCAUCGCCCGGCCGAGGGUGGAGUAUCCCGCGCACCAGGCCACCAACAUCGUCGGCCCUCAGAGUAUCCAAGGUGGUGCCCAUGAGGGGCUGCAGCAUCUGGGCCCGUACGGGAACAUCCCCAACAUCGUCGCCGUGCUGACGGGUGACAACGUCCCUAAAGACUUCAGUGAGGACCACGGAUACCCAGACCCUCCGAACCCGUGUCCCCUGGGAAAGAUGGCUGCGGACGGGUGCUUGGAGAACGCUCCGGACACGGCCGAGUUCAGCAGAGAGUUCCAGAAGCAUCAGCAUCUGUUUGACCCCGAACAUGACUACCCAGCCCUCGCUAAGUGGAACAAGGAGCUCUUGUACCAAAAACUGAAGGGAGGACCGAAGAGAAGAAAAAGGAGUGUCAACCCCUUUUUAAUGGGCCAGAGACUUGACAACGUGGUUGCCAAGAAAUCCGCCCCCCACUACCCCGAGGAAGAGGAGGAGGAGGAGGAAGAGAAUGAAGCCCCCACCUCUGUCACGGGCAAACCCGCACUGUAAACUCUGAGCUCAUCUACCCAUAAUGUUGUCUUUAUAUACAUACAUAUAUAUAUAUAUAUGACAGGAGAUCACAUGGCCAUCACACUGGGUUGUAUGCUGCGUGCCAAGAACGCCAACUCAGACACCGUUUUCUGUACAGCGAUGGAUUUUAAUCACCACAUAGGGUUCCAUGUUUGUAUAUUCAGAUAUCACUUCACUCGUCUCACCCUCGGCAAGGAUUUGAGGGCAACGCGUUGUCAUGAAUCAAUAUAAUCUGUGGUUUUUGUGUUCAGUGGUUUAGCCUACUUUACUGCAGCGGGGCAACGUAGACGUGAGCAUCUAAACGACACAUCUGUAUGGAGGGAGCGCUGGAAAGCGGCUGCGGCGCCUCCGCCUCGCCAGAGGGAUUUGUGUUCCGGCUCAAGAGUUGCUGUAAAACGAGCUCAAAUAAACAGUUAACCUGCAUUGAAACACGUUUUGGAGUUGGUCUUUUCCUUCUGCCAUGCAGACAAGUUAUG